AUGUUCGACCAGCUCGACACAGGUGGUGUCCAGGCCGGUCAGUGUGAUGAUAGCCAAUUGGCGGUGAUCAGUGCUUCGGCCGUCGCGGUUAACGGUACCGCGGUGGAUCAGGCUGGGAGGUCCAUCCCUCCCACUUCUUCAGACUCGUUCGGGCAUAUGACAGGCGGUCAUAGCCCGGAUGGAGUCGCUGUGGAGGACAUGAUCGCUUUUGGAGGGGCGACGGUAGGAACAACUUUAGCUGGUAGGAUGGAAACAGGGGUGUAUGGUGUAGGAGAAGAUGCGGACAAUGGGUGGGGUGGUGUUGGGUUUUGUGGUUACGGGUUGGGUGUUGGUGGGUUGGCUGAUGGCGGGUUGGGUGGUGGCGAGUUGUUUGGUUACGGGUUGGGUGGUGACUGGGUGUUUGAUGGUGGGUUGGGUGGUGUCUGCGUGUUGGAUGGUGCUGCCGUGACAGUAGGUGCGGUAGGUUGGGCUGCCGUGAUAGGAGUAUAG